AUGAGCAAGAAAGAAAAUAUACAAAAUUAUGCACCAAAAAUGAUUGUUGAUGACAAAAAAAAUGUUAAUAACACACAAAACCCUACUUUGGAUGAACAGGAUAAAAGUUUAGAAGAAGAAUUAUUAUGUUAUGUAGCAAAGACAAAAGCAAUUUUUAAAAGUCAACAAAAAGAUGAUCCAGAUUUAACUUUUGAAGAAAAAUUAACAAUUGCACGUAAUAUUCUUCACAAAAGUUACUGUUUAUUUUUAUCUAAGUUUGGACAUUAUAUGAAAAAAGAACAUUUAAGAUUUUUUGAAAAAAAUAAAGAUGAGGAUUAUGAAGUUGCUUAUCAUUUUAACAGAUUACAAAGGUAUUUUAAUAGUUCUGCAAGACAGACAGAUGUCAGAAAUAGAAGAUAUCAAGCUUUAAAAACUUUAAUACAAGAAGGAGAAUAUUUUAGUGAAACUGAGAUGAUGAAAAGAAAUCCAUUAUUAUAUGAGCACUUAAUUGGGCAAUAUAUGACUGAAAAACAGAAGAAUAUUAGGGAUAAUAUAGAUAUUAAAAAUAUUACUUUUGUGAAUUUAUUAAUGGAAAGUAUUGAAAGAGAUAGAUUAAAUGAAAAACAAAAGUUACAAGUAGAAGAAGAACAAAAUAUAAUGGAAGAGAAUGAUUCAGAUGAAGAACAAGAGGAUACAUGUGCUUCUGAGUAUAAUGAGGAAAAGAUAUUAUGGGGUAGAACAUCUGAAUCACAAAAUAAUAUACAGCAUAAAAGUGAAAAAGUACAAAAUCCACAUAGUAUUUCUAAUUUUGAGAAGCAAAUACUUAAACAAGAAUUUAUAACAAAUAUGUAUCAAAACUUUUUAGAUGGGAAAGAUACAGAUUUUGAUUACAGCACCAUUGAUGACAAUGAAGCAUAUGAUAAUAUAGAUUUAAGGACACAGGAUGAAGAAGAUAAAUAUUUUGAUUCUGAAUCACCUGAAACUAUAGGUCCAGCUAAAGAUUCAAAUGAAACUGAACCUGAGGAUGAAUUGGAUAUUUAUAUGAAAUCAUUGAAGGAGUAGGUUGCGACAGAUACGCUCCCCUUGGAUUAUCUAGUAUGCG